AGUUCCUGUUUUAAGGACAGAGUCCAGUUUCGGCCUUCAACAGCUAUCUGAUUAAUUUCUGCUAUGUAAGAGAUUAGGAUUAUAUCCAAUUAAAUUAAUGAAUUUUGAAAAUUAACAUGAAUAUUAAUAAAGUGGGAAUGUUUAAAAAUUUUUUUAUGGAAAGUUACUUAUAUCGAGCGAUAAUAUAAGGUUAUAGUUAACAAUUUUGAAAUUUUUUAAGGCACGAAAUAAAAUAACAACAAAAUAUAAUAUGGAAACGGAUACCAAUGUGUCGAAAAUUCUCACCCGAAGAUCUAGGAGAAAUACUGGGAAAUGUGUUAAUUAUUUUCCUUAUGAAAAAGACUCGGGGACUCAAAAAGACAAAGUAUUAUCUCCUCCAGCGAAAAAACGUAAACACAAAAAGUCUGCUAAUAAUCAAAAGGACAAUUAUGGCGUAUCAGAGAAUUCCGUUGUGAAUAAUAAUAAUACUAUUGAUACUGAUGUACGAAUAGCUACACUUUUAAAUCAUGGUCACACGUGCUACGCUAAUUGUGUUUUACAAGUUCUUAGAUAUACUCCUUUGUUCGUGAAGUAUGCAAGAAAAUUAUGGACCAAAAUUACAAUUGUUUGUUAUGAGCUAACUAAGCAGGGAUUGCUGGCCAAUGAUGUUUCUCUAAAACCCUGGGUCUUUCUUAAACAUUUGAUAAAUUUUAUCGAGGAGAUGAUUCAAACUGAAGAAGAAUCAAGUCCUGACUGUUCUUCUCACUACGACUCUCGAGGGGAAAGAAAAAGGUCCCAUCCUUUAGUUUGCUGUCCUCAUGUUUUAUUUAGCAUAACCAGCCAACUAUUUCCCGGCUUUGCUGAAAUAAAUACUGAUCAAGAUGCACGCGAAUUCCUUGAUUUUACACUCGAAAGGUUUCAAGAAUCUCAUGAAAUAUUACAAAGUCUUUUACUUCACGAUGGUCCAAAUCGAAGGCAGAAUAUACAAGAUUCAUUACAAAAUCACAUUCAUCGAGUUACUUUUUCGGAAGAAGCCAUAACAGAAAACGACAAGGACCCAUGCUUUCAUUGUAAGAUGCCUCGAAAUAACAUGACAGAACUAGUCAAAUCCACUUUGAUGAACUUUGGAAAAGAGGUAUCUGAUGAUUUCAAGACAGAAAAUAUUGCAGACAUUCGCAAAAGAUUUGAAAUUCGAAAGUGUGAAGAUUGGGUUUGCGAUUCAUGUCAUAAUACAAUAAAACGACCUACUACGAUUUUCGAACUAUCGAUAAUUUUCCCACCUGAUGACUCGGAUGUCAAGUCUCUUAGCUUGAAUGAUAUUAUUAAACGAAGUUCAGAUAACCAAGAAUUGGAAAGUUUAGCCCAAAAGUGGCUGUUAGGUAGGGCAAGAUCAAAAAGGGAAAAAGUAGAUGAUUAUAAUUGUGGCAAAUGUGGAAGCAAAAAUAUGUGGCGUAAUGAUAGAUACGUUUCUCUUCCACCCAUCCUUGUGGUCUAUCUUACAAGAUUCAAGCAAAAUGAUAAAGGUGAUUGGGUCAAAAUAAGAAAGUUGAGGCCUACACCUUUCAGACUGCCUUGUCUUUUGGAUUCUUGUGGAGCGUGCACGGAUCCACUUCACAUAUAUGAACUAUAUGCUGUAAUUAUUCAUACUGGUGACAGCAUUGAUAGUGGUCAUUUUACUGCAGUUGUAGAUGCAACCUUAUCCCCCCAUGCGCAUCGAGAUGGAUGGCUAAAACUUGACGACAUGAAAGUAGAAGUAAAAGAAGUCGAUAAAUUCAUUAAUAGUGAUCUCUCUGGGCGAUUUUCAAAGACCCCUUACAUGCUCUUCUAUAGGCGAUUGGGAGAUUGUUAA